ACUGCCUUAUUUUAUAUGGUUUUAUUCCUCUUAUUUUGGAAUUCUCUGUUGCCUAGGAGACAGGAAGCUGCUCUGAUUAACGACAGCAUCUUCACAGCAACAUCACCGUGUCGUCUUCAUCAGCACAGAAAUGUCUCCCAUGGGCAUCGCCCUUCCUCCGUCCACCAUCAAGGCUUAGCUUAGGAUAGGUGAGACACAGCACAACAGGCAGGAUCGAGGCAGCAUCACUUUUCCACUCUCCCUUACCAGAGUUAAAGCAUGCGAGUAGCUUGACAGUAGCAGCAGGAUAGAGAAGCGUAGAGGGCCUUUAAGUCUGUGGAGGGAUGUUACUGUACAAACAAUGACCAACUGUUGGACUGUGUGGGACUGUCAAGGCUGCCCGGUGAGGGAGAGGCAGGGCUCUCUGUGGACGAUGAACCACUACACCACACUGAGGCAGCUGGGGGACGGCACGUAUGGCAGCGUGCUACUGGGCAAGAGCAAUGAGACCGGGGAGCUGGUGGCUAUAAAGAGGAUGAAGAGGAAAUUUUAUUCUUGGGAUGAGUGCUUGAAUCUAAGAGAGGUGAAGUCACUGAAGAAGCUGAACCAUGCCAAUGUAGUGAAACUGAGGGAAGUCAUCAGAGAAAAUGAGUACCUCUACUUUGUCUUUGAGUACAUGAAAGAAAACCUCUAUCAGCUCAUGAACGACAGAAACAAGUUGUUCCCUGAGUCAGUCGUCAGAAACAUGAUUUUUCAGAUAUUACAGGGACUGUCGUUUAUUCACAAACAUGGGUAUUUCCAUCGUGAUAUGAAACCAGAGAACUUGCUGUGCAUGGGCCCCGAGCUGGUUAAGAUCGCUGAUUUUGGACUAGCCAGAGAGAUCCGCUCGCAGCCGCCGUACACAGAUUAUGUGUCCACAAGAUGGUACCGAGCUCCAGAGGUUCUGCUAAAGUCAAAAGCCUACAGCUCACCCAUCGACAUCUGGGCUGUGGGAUGCAUCAUGGCGGAGCUCUACACACUGAGACCCCUGUUCCCUGGCAACAGUGAGGUGGAUGAGAUCUUCAAGAUCUGUCAGGUGCUGGGAACACUGAAAAAGGCGGACUGGCCUGAGGGCUACAACCUGGCCACCUCCAUGAACUUCCGCUUCCCAAAGUGUGUCCCUACCAGCCUCAGAUCGCUGAUCCCCAAUGCCAGCAAUGAGGCAAUCACGUUAAUGAAAGACAUGCUGCAGUGGGACCCUGAGAAAAGACCGAGUGCUGCUCAGGCUCUACGGUAUCGAUACUUCCAUGUCGGCCAGGCACUCGGUGCCCCUCUCAAGGCUCAGGCAAAGAUGUCCGAGGCAGCUGCAGAGUCAAAACCUCUGUCCCUCUGUAAGACGGAACUAGAGUCCAGCCAGUCUCUCCAGCAGCCCCUUCAGCAGAUCUCCUUACCUCAGGACAAUAUGGAGCCCAGCACAUUAGAAGCAACAACUUUCUCCGCGCUGACAGAAGGGCAGCAGGAACCUCUUAGCCUGGUGAAAAACAGGCAGCCAAAGAGCUGGCAGACUCCUCCAAGAGCAGCUCCCAUGGGAGCAGAGAGCAACACAACUGGAGUGAGGUCUGGACGUCGACGAUGGGGCCAGACAUCUUUCAAGUCUGUCGACAGCUGGGACGAGGGUGAGGAUGCAGACGCUGGAGUAUCCAUCUCCAAAAAACCCACCAUCAGCUCUCUGAAGGACAGAGCACUGAAUGGACCCAGCCAUCGAUUUCCAGAAUCAAAGAACAACACAGUAUCAAAGCUGUCAAGCAGCAGAGCUGACUCCACCGCUUUGUCUGCCAGGCAGCACUACCUCAGCCAGUCCAGAUACCUGCCAGGUGUGAAUCCAAAGAGCAACCCCUCACCAGCAAGCCAGAAGGUCGUGUUGGGCGGCUCGUGUUUAAGCCGAGCACAGGGGCUGGAGUUUCCUCUGCAUAAAGACACUCUUCCUAAACUUACAGACAAGCGGCCUUUAACAGAAAAGACGCUGGAGCAUCUCGAUCUUAUCAAAGACUCCUUCAUGAGCAGCUCCAACAGCCCAACCAAGAAGCACAUGUCAGCUUUUCAGAAGACUGAAACAGGAGCAGACAGAAGACAGAGGAUUACACUGGCGCCAAUAGGAGGCCCCUCUGCUCUUGACCUGUCGUCUGCGGCUGAUCUGAGAGUCGAGUCUAAAAACAAACCAUCCAAGAGCAAGACCUCACUGAAUAAACCACUCGAAGGUAAUGAAGAACAUGAGGGGCGGAGGAGCAGAGUUACAAAUCCUCAGCUCCCUUUAUCCAGCGUUAUGGGAAAGAAUACGUUUUCAAAGAGCAUGCAGCCAGUGCAUGGACGAGUAGACUGGACCGCCAAAUACGGAGGCACCCAGUAGCAUAGCUGUGCUCCACCAGUGACUCUUGGGAAAAGUGCCCACUGCACCUCAGCCAGGAAAUACAGACUUCAGCUGGAGCGGCUGCCAACAGUGUGCAGAGGUGUUUCCUGCUAGUCUGUUGUUUCAUUUGCCACAGUAUCAAAUGUUGUUCAGUGUUGGUCAGUAUGUGUUUUUUAAAUAAUUGACCAGAAAAUUUGUAAAAAAAAAA